AUGGACAAGAUCAAUCAGUCUAUCCAGGAUGUGUUGAAUUAUGUGCGGGCUGAGCCUAUCACUAAAGUUUCCACAUCAAUGGCCGAUGAUAGCCUUGGAGCUUCGUCCCUUGAAACCAUCGACAAGGCCAGCCACUCCGCCCAAGACAUCCUAAGUCCCAUCCACAGGGGCAUGGUAGCGACGACUCCCCUUCCGCCAGCAAAUAACAUCAUCUCAACUGAUAGGACUAUUGAUGAGCCCCAGAUAUGGUCGGUUUCGCAGCAACGGCCCGAAGUGAGGUCGCUCACCUCAACUCCGGCAGAUACUAUGACCAGUCAAUUGCGUCCUUCUCAAGCUCUAGCUUCUGUCGGCAGCGGACUACCUUCUCAUGAGAUCAUGGACGAGCUUCUGGAGUUAUUUUUUGACCUCGUUUACCCGUGGGCCCCCCUGUUCUUCAAACCCAGCUUUACAGCCAAUAUGUACGCAUCGGAGCGCCAAAUCCUCCUACACGGUAUCGUCAUAGUUGCUUUUCGCUUCUGGAGGAAAUCAGAUCCGCCAUUAGAAACCCGAGAGGCGUUCGUCAAGGCAUCUCGUGAUUUCAUUUUGUUGAAGACUAUUGAUUCGUGUACCCUGAUCUCAACUCAAGCUUUAACUCUUCUCGCCAUUGAUACAAUUGGUCAGGGACAGGGACCGCGUACUUGGAACGUAAUGUCCAUGCUCGUCACUGCCGCUAAACAUUUGGGCUUGUCGAAAAGUCCUUCUUCCUCAAGCAUCGAAACAAAUACACCGCUCGUUCGAAACGAAGAUCCCGAUGAUGGGCUAGAUUCAUCAAUUAUUGAGACAGAGGAGAGACGACGCUUGUUCUGGGUUAUAUAUAGCAUCGACCGCCUCUCCAGCGUAUCCCACGGUCAACCCGGUGGCACAGAUACGAGAAAUAUCCGGUUACCAUAUCCAGUAAAUGAUGAAGACUGGGGCCAGUCGGUACCAUCUGACUGGUUCCAGGCAACAGGAGCGAUUAAGCAAUCACAGUGGUACAAUACCUUCAACCUUUGGCGCCACUACAUCGAUCUUUUAGCCUUGCUAGACCGGUCUAAUCAACUCUUGAUUCAACCCGUCAAUUACUCGCUGCCAGCUCAUUGUCAGGAGUGGCAAAGUAGUUUUCGGCGGUUGGACAUCAAUUUAGCCACCUGGUUCGAAAACCUCCCGCGAGAAGUCCGAGAGCCGCCUCCUGACUUUAAUCCCAUGUGGAUUCUAGUUCAUGCUACAUUUCAUCUGUAUAGCUCCCGUUACUUAAUUCUUACCUUCUCGCCGUUCUUUAUAUUCUCGUAA